AAAUUAUUUCUGGGACCAAGUUGUGACAGCUGGCGAGCGUUCAGCCAGGCGCGUUCCCGCGGCGCGCCCCCGAGGGCGUGGAGGAGAGGAGAGAGAAACCCUCGACGGAAAGCGAGGGUUAAAAGUGACUCAGCGGAGCUUCAAAGAGCGCUGCUAGUGAAAGAGGAGCGGACACGGCGAGGGGAUACAAUGCCUGGAGUGUCCGUGUGUUUUUAAACCCGCGGUUGUAGAUCAGCAGCCCAAAGGAGAAGUGGACCUGUCGAGAGGCUGGUAUUUGCAUCUUCCUGUGCAUUUAAGCAUGUGUGAAAGAGCAGAUCUGCUGCUCAGGUUAUUAGUGCUUUGAGGAGAUGGUGCUGUGAAAGCGCCAGGAAGCAAACACUGAAUUAGUGAAGAAGUGGACUCUCGAGUUCUGCUUGUACCCCUGAUGUGUGAUUAGAGCACCAUGUUGGAGUCUCCAGAUCCGAGCCUGGAGAUUGCGGAGUGGCUGUCCAGCCUCCGCCUGUCCCAGUACACCUCAUGUUUCCAGCAGGGAGGCUACCAAGCCGUGGGAGACUGCAAGGACCUCACGGAUGAUCGGCUCUUGAUGCUGAAAGUGCUGCCAACAGGCCACCGAAGGCGCAUCCUCCGGAGUUUGGAAGCACUCGGGGUAAAUCCGGAGAGUGGAAAAGAUGACGAAGAUACGCAGGGAGGUUUAGAGGGCAAAGAUGAUCAAAGUUGGCCGGUCCCACUUCCAAGAAAUGUCUAUCUGCAUGACAGAAAGAGGGGGAAGUCAUGUGAGCCUCACCAACCAAAGGAUCGCAAGGAUUUGGGAGGGAGCCACACUUUGCCGGCUGGAGCAGGAUUGGGAGUGGAGAAUAUUUCCGACACCCUGAACCUCGUCGUCCCCCAACCAGCGCCACGUGACCCCCGGAACAUCCAGACGUCUGGAGGCGCUCAUAGCUGCAUGCCUCCUCCUCUGCACUCCAGCAGCAGCAGCACCAGCAGCAGCGAAUCCCUUUCAUCCUCUGAAAUACCCUCGGAUUGGGAGGUUUCCUCAGACUCUCACAUGGAUUCUGUGCCCUCUGCUGCUGAAGACCCUGCACCAACCGAGGGUCCUGGGGGUGCUCACGUUGAAAUGGUUGAUAACUUAAUAUACGAGACACAGCCUUCUUAUAGGGGUCCUGCACGUCCUCGACCAACUCGCUCCUACCGAUUAAGACACCGACCUGUCCCUGAAAUCCCCAAUCGGAUACCCUUGCCACUCCAAGACAGGAGCGCAGCACAAACAACCAGCCCUGAACACCUAACCGGCUCAGAGGGUCCCACCGGUGCAAACGGCAUACAGAAAGCUUCCCUUCAAAGGACUUUGACGCCUAUUGCUCCCUACGGAGAAACAUUCUUGUACAACAGCCCUGAAACUGCCUCGGAUCAAGGUGCUAAAGAAGGGUUGGAGAAGGGGUUUAAGGCCAAGAUGAAACCGAGGGAGAUGUCCCAGGAGAGCGAGUGUCCGGCAGACCCGUACGCAGAUGAGUACUCAACGCUGGACGAGUGUGCCGGCAUCUUGCCGCCGGACAGAUCGGAGCAAAGUUCAGCCAUGACCUCUGACGCCGCUGCGGUCGGCUCAUCGGCCUCUGGCCCCACAGACGAAUCCAUAAUCAUGGUGGAGUGUGAUCUCUACUCGGAGCCUGCAGAUGCUCUGGGGGCUGUCGCGGCGAAUGCACUGCCCGAUAUUUCUCCGUACGCAUGUUUCUACGGAGCCCCCAAACACCAGGUGCUCAAAGUGGGCUGGCUGGACAAGCUCUCACCUCAAGGAAACUGUGUCUUUCAAAGGAGGUGGGUGAGAUUCAAUGGGGAGAGUCUGGCGUACUACAACAAUGAGAAGGAGAUGUACUCCAAAGGUAUGAUCCUGGCCAGUGCCGUCAGACAGGUACGAGGACUGGGCGACAACAAGUUUGAGGUUGUCACUUUCCUCCGGACCUUCACAUUCAGGGCUGAAAGAGAAGGGGAGCGCCAGGAGUGGAUGGAAGCUCUUCAGACGGCCACACAGCCCCCCGCCCGCGGCUCCCAGAAGCGCUCCGACACCCUUUCCCAUCUCUCCUCCACAAACAAGCGAGGCUUGCUGGAGCUCCGCGGUUACAAAGGCAGAGUGCUGGUGUCCCUGGUGGGGAGUAAAGUCAGGCUCUGCAAAACAGAACAGGACUAUAAAGCAGGGCUGGCUAUCGGUGAGGUGGAACUGACUGCUGCCAACAUCAGAGACGUGGACCGCAGGGGCUUCGAAGUCAACACACCCUUCAAAAAUUUCUGCUUCAGUGCGGAGUCGGAGCGGGAGAAGGAGGAGUGGAUUGAAGCAGUCAAAGAAUCAAUCGCUGAGACGCUCUCCGACUAUGAAGUGGCAGAGAAGAUCUGGUUCAACGAGGCCAACCGGAGCUGCGCCGACUGCCACGCCCCGCGGCCCGAGUGGGCGUCGGUCAACCUGGGCGUGGUCAUCUGCAAGAAAUGUGCAGCUGUGUGUCGAUGUUUGCCAGGACAGCACCGCUCCCUUGGUCCAAGUCUGUCCAAAGUGCGGAGCUUAAAGCUGGACAGCAGCAUCUGGAGCAAUGAGCUUGUGGAGCUCUUCCUGGAGGUGGGGAACAAGAAUGCUAACAGUUUCUGGGCUGCUAAUCUCCCCUUGGAGGAGGAGCUGCAUAGCGGGGCUUCCGCCGAGCGGCGCGCCACUUUCAUCCGCAGGAAGUACAGGGAGAGGAAGUACAGGCGGCUCCUGGAGGGCUUGCAUGAGAUGGAGCAGCUCAAUCAGGCACUGUGUGCGGCUGUGGUGUCACCUGACGUGCUGCAGACCAUGGAGCUCGUGUUCAGCGGGGCUGAUGUUAUGUGUGCCACUGGGGAUCCCACCUACUCCACCCCUUACCUCCUGGCUCAGCGUGCUGGACAGAGACUGCAGAUGGAAUUCCUGCACCAGAACAAACUAUCAGAUUUCCCCAGACUGGAGCCGUGGUCGGAGAACGCCUCCCUGUCUGAUGCUUCCCUCUUCAUGGACGGCUUCCUCUACAUCUCCUCCGGCCCUUCCAAGAUGCCACUGGAUCGGCGAGGAAGAGAUGACAUGGUACGCCGCUGGUGUACGUUGGAAGGUGGAUCCCUGAGUCUCUACGAGAGCGAUCGAAGCCCCACAGCCAUCGGGAGAGUGGACGUCACAGAAGUGGUCAGCCUCGCUGUGAACAACUCAGAGACGAUAACUGGAGCCGGGGCUGUGUUUACCGUGGAGCUGUACCUGCAGACGGAGCGGGUGCUGAUUGUCGGGGCUGAAACACAGGAAACGCAGCGCGACUGGAUACAAGCGCUUACAAAGUGCUUUGUUCCCAGUAAGGUGGAGGGACUGGUGCGUAAAGAGGGCGAACUGAUCGGCAGACUCCUCUACAAAGAAGGUUAUGACCUUUACCACUGGAGGAUUGGCUGGUUCCUGCUGGAGGGCUCUGCCUUGCACUACAGCUCAGGAGACGAGCAGGGAGACGAGGAAGUCCUUCAACUCAAGCAACUACAGGAGCUUACUGUCUCUACACAUACAGAGGGUGAGGACAAGAUCCAAGUCCUGUUGAUGGUGGAGUGCGGAAGAACAGUUUACAUCCACGGCUUCAACAAGAUGGACUUUUCCCUGUGGCACUCUGCCAUUAAAAAGGCUGCUGGCACUGAUGGAAAUGCACUUAGUGACCAACAGCUGACAAAAAAUGGUGUCCCUAUUAUAGUGGAUAGCUGCAUUGCUUUUGUCACACAGUACGGUUUGUGCCAGGAGGGCGUCUACCAGAAGCCCGGGGAUCCAGCCCGGGCGUCUCUCCUCCUGGAGGAGUUCACCCGCGACGCCCGCAACGUGAAACUGAGGGAGAAGGAGCACCAGCUGGAGGACGUGACCAGCACCUUGAAGAGCUUCUUGUCCAACGCAGAAGAUGCGCUCCUGACCAAGGAGCUGUAUCCGUACUGGGUGUCGGCCCUGGAUGAGAAGCACGAGCAGCAAAGAGUGAAGAAGUACUCCGCUUUUAUCGAGAGUUUGCCAAAGAUCAACCGGUCGACCUUGGAGGCUCUGCUGCAGCACUUAUACAGGAUUCAACAGUGUUCUCACCUCAACCGCAUGCCGAGUGAAAAAUUGGCCUCCGUCUUCUCCUCCUGUUUGUUCCAGACUCGGGGACAAACCCCACAGGAAAUUAGCGUGGUUCACGACCUAAUCAGCAACUACAUUACACUCUUCAGUGUGAAUGACGAGCAGGUGCAACAGAUGGAGAGAGAGAACGGCUUCAUCGCGCGCUGGAACGACAAGAAGGACACCGCAUUCUGUCCAGCCGGAGAUUUGAUCUUUGAGGUGUAUCUGGAAAGAAGAGAGCCAGAACAAUGCUGUUUGAUAAAGGUCUCUCCCAGUAUGCGGCCCUCAGAGCUUGCAGAAACUGCACUGAGCAUGAAGAAUGCCACUCUGAGGCCAGAUGACUUCUGGACCACCUUUGAAGUCAUUGAAAAUGGAGAGCUAGAGCGUCCUCUGCACCACAGCGAAAAGAUUCUUGAGCAGGUGUUGGAGUGGAGUACGCUGGACUGUCCCAGGUCUGCUUUUCUCAUUAUAAAGAAGUUUCCGGGGGCCAAAAGAAUAGCUGAAGGAAAAGCAGGCCAAAGGCACUUUAUAAAAGGUGACCAUCUGAAGUUCAGUGACGGCUCCUCCAAACUGCUGUCGGGGCACAAAUUUCAGGACAAGUACGCUGUGCUGCGAGCAGAGAAGCUGCUGGUCUACCGGGAUGUCAAAAGCAAUAAACCAGAGAAAGAAAUCCAGCUGAAGUGUGCGAAAUGUUACUUUGGCCUGAAGAGAAAGCUCAAACCUCCAAACAACUGGGGCUUUACGGUGUACACUGAUAAACAGCAGUGGUACUUCUGUUGCGACAAGAAAGAGACACAGGUCGGCUGGGUGAUGGACAUCAUAGCCAUGAAGUACGGCUCGAACCUCCACUCAAAGACCAUCAACUCCAAAGCAUCAGCAGAUCCCAAAACCUCCAGGGGAGUAGCUGCGACAGAGGGCCUCCAAGUCCAGCCACAGAACCACAGUUACAGCAAACAACUUGCAGACAGGAGGGGUUCUCACCCAGAAGUAGGUUGCAGUACCGACAAGGCCGCUGGUGCUCAUUUCAAAACCCUAACCCUGCCCAGGAUCCCCAAGUCCAGUGAGCUUCCCAAGACCCGAGAGGUCCAACAAAGGAGAAUCUCGUUGGAUGUUUGCCUGCCGCCACGAGUCCCUUCUCCGUCCAGGAACCAGCUGCCCAUGCCGUUGCCCCUCCCACCUCCAUCCCUGUCCAGGAACCAGCAGCCCAUGCCGCUGCCCCUCCCUUCUCCAUCCCUGUCCAGGAACCAGCAGCCCAUGCCGCUGCCCCUCCCUCCUCAGAGCAGCUGUAAGGCCUUGGGGAAAAAAAUGUCCUUAGGUGGGGAGGCUAAUAUGCCACCGAAUCUUAUGAAAGAGCUGAACUCCGUCCUGAGUAAGACUGGUCGCAAAAACAAUGACUAAUAGAGCACCCGGUGUAAAUGGAGGCAUUUCCUUUCAUUAAUACUUCCUAGCACUGCGGAGCUUACGGAUGCACGCAUGAUGCAGGAAACAGGUGCGGGAUACGUUCAGGUGAACCUCAGCUGAACACGACACUGACCCAAGCACUACACGCUUGAUUCAUACCGCGCUUUCAUCCAACCUAAGAGCGCAGCAUAGACCCAACCAGUUGGAAAAGCAUGUUCAGCUGUCAAAAAACUUGGAAAUGUUACAAAUUUAUUUUUGUGCUUUUGUACUUCUUUUUUUCAGAAGAGCCUGUUUCAAAGAGAUUUUAAAGAUAACUUUAUUGAACAUUUAUGCUGUUAAUGUAAUAUUUUUGUUAAUGUUUGCUUUUGUUUGGUUGUACUUUUAUUACAAAUUGUUCUAAAUAUAGCUGUAAAUGUACAGUAAAUAGUAUCACUUAUAUUUGAAAUGCUUCUCAGGAUGGAAAUACUAUACUGUGUUUUGUGUUCGUGGGAGCAGAAAUAGACAGUGUUGCAUCACUACUGUUAUAAACUCCUUUUUUUUGGCCAACGAGAUGCAGUAUUAACUGGUACAAUGGGGAUUUCAAGAAUUGAGUGUUAUUUAUUUAUGACAAAGUGAACUUUUUUAAUCAUUUGUUUAUAUGUAACCUUUAACUGUACAUCUGCUAGCAGUGGUUUUUUCAGCUUCUAAUUCAGUGGCAUACCAUUUUAAAUUUUAAACUGGCUGCCCCAAAUGUAAUUUUAAUGUACAGCAUGAAUAUAUUAAUAAACACUGGAAAAUGCUUUGA